UUUAUAUUUAUAUAGAAGGAGAAUGCAUAAUUUUUUUUUUCCUUUUUUUUUGAUUUUUUAAAGAAAAAAAAAACAAAUAUAGAAUCAGAUGCCUUACACAUUUAUUCGAAAAGUAGCCUAUAGUGGAAAAAAGAAAAGACAGCAGUUAAAAGAAAAAAAUGCAAGGAAAUUAGAAAAAGCAAAUCUUAUGGAUACUAGUUCUUUUGAUUAUUUGGCAAAGAAUAAUAAAGAACUACCUUCUUUAUCCAAUAACUUUGUACCAGCAUCCUUAGAGCCAAGUGAAAACUCGGUUGAGACUCAUUUCAAUACUGAUAAUAAUGGCAGCAAAAGACUCGUUUCAGUAUUUGAAAAAUUAAGUAAACAACAAAUCGAAAAGGAAAAGUUAAAAAGUAUGCAACCUUUAAAUCGAUUACCUAAGGAUUGCCUCGAAAUAAAAGUAGAUGAGUUUGAUAGAUAUAUUGAUUUUCCUAAACGACCUGCUUGGAAUUAUGACAUGACAAAAGAAGAAAUUGACAAACAAGAACAAGACUACUUUAAUAACUGGCUGAAAGCUACAGAAGAAAAGUAUGAUGGAAAAGAACUAAGUUGGUUUGAACGUAACCUUGAAGUAUGGCGUCAACUAUGGCGAGUACUUGAAAUAAGUGAUGUUUUAAUUAUUAUCAUGGAUAUUCGAAAUCCUUUGUUGCAUUUUCCUCGUUCCUUAUAUGAAUAUAUCACCCACAUAUUAAAGAGACCCAUUAUUGGUAUAUUUAACAAAGUAGAUCUUGUCUCUGAAUUCACUGUAUUCUGUUGGAGAAAGUAUUUCGAAGAAAAGUAUCCAAAUUUACGAAUUACAACCUUUAGCUGCUAUCCUCGAGAUCCUAAACUAAUUAAUGACACAGCCAUAUAUGCUUUAAAAAAGCAAACUAAGCGACCUAAAAAACGUUACUAUCAUGCACAAGGUGUUCAAGAUAUGUUAUCUGUUUGUAAAGAUAUUGUUCAUAAAUCAGAAGUUGCAGUAGAUUGGAAAUCACUUAUAGAUUCUUACGAUGAAAAUAAUAUGGAUAAAAGUGAAGAGAGUAGUGACAGUGACACGGAUAGUAUGGAUGGUCUAGAUGAUGAGUUUGGUGCUAUCUUUGAUAUUACAGUUCGUGAAGUUCAUCCUCAUAAAAACUAUAUUACCUUGGGUUUGAUUGGACAACCUAAUGUUGGUAAAAGUAGUUUGAUCAACAGUAUAAUGAAGAAAACCGUAGUCAGCACGAGUCGUACUCCUGGUCAUACAAAGCAUUUUCAAACAAUUCAUAUCACUGAUCAUGUUAGACUUUGUGAUUCACCUGGUUUAGUUUUCCCAGCAUUCAUUCCUAAAUCUCUUCAAAUUCUGUCUGGUAUUUAUCCAAUUUCUCAGGUGCAAGAACCUUAUAGCUCUAUACGCUAUCUUGCGGAACAUAUUCCCUUGGAAAAAAUACUUUCACUUAUUCCUCCUGUCGAUUUGGAUGAAUUAGAAGAAUUUCAAUGGUCUGCAUGGUCUAUAUGUGAAGCCUUUGCCAUACAAAGAGGAUUUCAUAUUGCAAGAACAGCUGAUCCAGAUAUCUAUAGAGCUGCCAAUACUAUUUUACGCCUAACCACAGAAGGUAGAAUUCUUCUUUCUUUUAAACCACCCGGGUUCUUUUCAAGUACCAAAUAUGAAAGAUUAAGGGUAAAAGAAGCAGAUAUGAAGGAAAAAGAAGAGAGUGAGAAAGAGUUGAAGAAUUUUAAUUCAGAGGAUAUAGAAUAUAAUUCUGGAAAACAAGAUUUAUUAUUGAUUUCAAGAGGUGCUUUUGGUGCUUUACUAUCUGAUUCUGAAUGAUGACUGAAUUUAAAAAAAAAAAUCACCAUCUAUGUAUUACAUAACCUAACAUAAUAAAUACCCAUUUUUAUCGAUGGAUAUCUCUCUCCCUUUCU